AUGGUACUUUCUUCAAGCACUCUAUCUUCAUUGUUUCAGAAAUCUACUAGAGUUCAAAAUAUCGCUUUUAGAUUUACUCGAUAUCUAUCAAAAAUGACAGAACUGAAGACCGCGGACCUUAGUGAUGAAUACAGUGAUAUUUUACAAUUUGUGGAGCCUAUUUUUCGAGAUUAUGGUGCMAAGAGGAUUUUCGGAGGGAAAAUCUCGACGGUGAAAUGUUUUGAAGAUAACGUUUUGGUAAAAACAGCUCUUUCAGAACAAGGAGACGGAAAGGUCCUUGUUGUUGAUGCUGGUGGAUCCAUGAGGAGAGCAAUGCUAGGAGACAAUCUUGCCRCAAUGGCUGUMAAAAAUGGUUGGUCAGGGRUUGUCAUGUAUGGCUGUAUACGAGAUGCUGAAGAUAUCUCACAAAUUAAUCUUGGUGUUAAAGCGCUUGGGACAAUGCCUAUAAAAUCUGUGAAAAAGGGUCAAGGAGAUAGAGAUAUUCCAGUCAAAUUUGGUGGUGUUACAUUUAAUCCAGGCGAAUUUGUUUAUGCUGAUAUUGAUGGUGUGAUUGUCUCACCCAAGGAACUCACACUACCAUCUCCUAAACUAUAAACAAUUUUUAAUAAUUUUUCUUUAAUUAAUUUUGGAUAUUUCCUUAGGAAUCCCACAGACUUAUUGAGUAUUCUCCUUGUGCAAGAACAGCAAUUGUUCUAGCAGAAAUGUCUCCAGUCCAUGAAAAUGAAAUUGUAGAAUCAAUCCAUAGGUUUUUAUAUAACCAUAUCUUUUUAUAUUUCCAAAAUGUGUUGUUCAAAGUAUUUUGGCUAUAUUUUCUUGGAUAGACUGAGCAAUAUGGUGUAUAAUAGAGUGGACAUACAACAGUGAAACAAGAUUAUAAAUGAUAG